GCUGUAUCCUCUUCUCUAGGCGCACACAGAGCUUAUACACCAGGGCAGAAGCAAGGGUUGCGCGGCUCUGGAGCUCCAGCAACAGGCGCGGUGUCUGUAUCCUGUCUGCUCUCAUACGCCCUGUACCCCGCAGAGCUCCGUGCAGACACCGGCCUCUUCUCCAGCAGCUUCACCGGGACCUCGUCUGCUCCUCUGCCCGGCCUCAGAGCGAUGGACCCGGACAAACUGGACGAGAACGACUGGAGGUACCACGGAGAGGGGAACAAGAGCCUGGUGGUGUCGCACAUUCAGAUUCCCAGAGUACUGCGUCUGCUCAAGUAUCCUGCAGCCGACUCCGAAAACCCUCCACAGACAGCGGAGCAGGCCUACAGACAGAUCCAGAACAUUGUGGACUUCACCUCAAACGUCAUGAGCUGCUUCAUUGGAGAACAGUUUAUCCAUAGUGGGGAGGUGGUGAAGUUACCUCUUGAGUUUGUGAGGCAGCUGUCAAUCAAAGUGCAGCACCAGAGACCAGUCUGGAGAUGUAAUAAAGUCAUGGACAUCUACAGUGGCUGUGCUCUGUGUCUGCCCAACCUGACCACUCCCCUUUACCACCAACCCACGCUGACCCCACCCAUCUGCAUCGAAAUCAAGCCGAAGUGCGGUUUUCUGCCAUCGUCGAAACAUGUCUCUAAAGAAAUCAAGACCAGAGUGUGUCGAUUCUGCAUGCACCAGCACUACAAGGUUUCCAAUGGUAUUUGGAAGAAGCGCAGCCUCUACUGCCCCCUGGACCUCUUCUCCGGGAGCCGACAGAGGAUGACCUUUGCCAUCAGACACUUGAUAGAAGAACCUCAGAACAACUUCAAAAUAUUUAAGGGCGGACAGUUGAUCUACAGCAGCAGAGACAGAGACCGGGAGGAUUUGGACGAUUCUUCAGACUGUCUCUCUUCUCUAAUGAACCAACUCAGACCUUAUUUCACCUUCGGACCCCAGCGCAUCAACGGUCAUCUCGGCAACAAGAGCCUGCUCAAUGAAUUUAUACAGGUUUUAGUGAAAGCGCUGCUUAGUGGGGGAGGGGCCAGCACUGUAGACCCCUCCCACAGACACUCAGAGGGGCGGAGCUUCUGUGAGGCCAGUGCCUUCAACAGAGAGCGUGUCAGACACCACUCUCAGGGCCUACCCUCGGACUGUGUACUGUCUCGGGUCUUGCAUACUCAGAGGUUAGACUCUCUGGACAUCGAGGGCCUGUUUCCUCUGUACAAACGAGUGGAGCAGCACCUGCACCAUUUCCCAAAAGAACGAAGCCGGCUGCAGGUGGAGGGCCCGUACGAUGAGAUGUUUCUGGAGAAGCUUCAGAAAUGCCCCUCAGAAGACGAUGGCUCUGUGGAGUAUGCCACCACCAAGGUUCAUCAGUACAGAGCGGCGAUGACGGCAAAGGACUGUUCCAUAAUGAUCACACUAAUGCCAACUGCAGAAGAGAAUGAUGACCAACAGAGGACUUUCUCGUUCUCCGUCGCGGUUCUGGACUUGGAUCCGAAGCCAUUCGAGAGCGUCCCUCGUCAGCUCCGUUUGGAUCAAAAAGUCGUCAACGGAUAUUUACGAAGUUCAUCUGGAAUCUGCCCCAAAACACCCCAACAACGAGAAGACUGUACUCUACUCUUCCAUCCAGUUUGACUGAACACUCUCCUCGGAGCGCCCCCUUGUGCCAGCUUUACCUCCUUCGGGACAUAAAUGCUCAAAUGUGAUUGGAGCAAACCUGUGUGAUGUCACUCGUGUGGGGCUGCGUCCAAUUCCUGCAAAGCUGGAGUUUAGCCACUAAUGGUUAACGUUUACAAAGGCUUAAACAGAACAGAGAACCACAAACUGAGGGAGUAAAGCAGAGCAAGCACUGAGCCAGGGAUUUUCAAAGAAGGAAAAUGUACGUGGGAAUUUUCUAGAAUUGUAAGGAAUUAGGGAAUAAACAGGCAAUUAUCAUGGCUGAAGAAUGUGUCUCAACAAGAAUGACAACAAAAAUCUGCAGUUUUAUAAAUGUGCCGCCCCACUGUGAACAUGGCCUGGAGUUUACUUUCUACAAAAAUACUUUCUUGGUAUUAUAGCUCUACUGGUAAAGGGCCAAUGGGGGUUUUCAGUAUCUAAUGAGUAUCUAGUAUUGAUUCUAGUUUUAGCAUUGAUUAGCAGUCAGGUAUUGAAUUCCUUGACACUAGUGGGGUGUGAGACAGCUUAAAUGAGGCAGUAGCUGUUCAUCAGCAAAGGACAGAACACCACAAUCCGAAGCCUGGUCCCUCAGUCCUGUGUUCUCUGUUCUGAUUGGGUGUAACAAAUGAUGUCAGAGGAAGAGACGGGGCUAACAGUAGUUUGUGCCAUAGAGCUAAUUUGGGCUUUGCCCCAUUUCUGUUCAGUCUGCUGGAUUCCUCAAGAGAAGGAGAGUGAAUAGGAAUGGGGCACAGCCAUAAACUGCAUGUACCUGUUACAGACCGGAUCCUGGCCUGCAGCCUGGCCUGCAGUACCUCAGGUGCUGCACUUUCAAAUACAGCCGUAUUGGGUGGUUCUGAGCUGGUGAUAGGGUAUCAUGGUUAGACAGGGCUCUUACACCGAGUUUACACUAACAGCGGGUGGGUUCAAUGUGUACUAAGAGCAGGACUUGUGCCUGUUUCACCAACACCUAAAGCAGGCCCGUGCCUCAACCGCGAUUUGCCCAGACCCCCCCCCCCCCCCCCUCGUUAUCUGCUCCUCACCCAUGCCCAACCAGACCUGCUCAGUUUGAACACAUUGGUUUUAAUUAAUUACUUGCUGACAGUGUACACCGCACACCGCUUUUGCAGGCUUCAACAUCAUGGCAAAGAACAGUGUCACAUGGACUGGCUGCAGCCCGCCUCCUACUGGUGUUUUACGUUAGAUUUAGUCCUGGUUCAAACCUGGUUCAAACCUGUUAAGUCCUGGUUUAGUCUAUGAUUGGAUUGGGGUAAUGGUGGCAGGUGAGGGCUCUGAACUGACAAUGCAAGCUGAAUGUUUGUGCCAUAAAGAUGAGAGUUUAAUAAAAAAUAAAGUAUAAAAAUAUUUUGGGUCCAGUUCAGAACCACAGGAACACCUCACAUUUAUAAUUUACUACAAGUUAAGAUGGUCAGAGCCAAAGGACGAUUGUGAAUGUUUAAAAUAAACUCCCUUAUUUCAAAUUUCACACGUCCCUGAAUGAGCUCAGUACAGACUUUUCUGUUACAUUUACUUUAGAAUUUCAGUAAUUUUUUAAAGAUGUCUCGAAGAUUUCACUUCUGUUUGUACUGUCCACUCUGCACUUAAGUUCUGGUUUGGAUUCGGUUUAGACCUAGUUUAAUCCUGUUUUAGACUUGUUUUAGAUGUCAUUUAGACCUGUUUUAGACCUAAUUAGACCUGGUUUAAUUGUAGUCUUUAGAUCAGGAGUAAACCAGGUCUAAACCAGGAACGAUCUAGGUCUCAUCCUGGUUUGGUCGUGGUUUAGACCUGGAUUAGUAUUGGUUUAGAACUGAGCUAGCCCUGAUUUUAGUCCUGGUUUGGACCUCAUUUAAACCUAGUUGAGUCCUGAUUUAGACUUGGCUUAGACCUUGUUUAGUCCUGGUUUUAGCCUACUUCAGUCCUGGUUUAUUCUUUGUCUCAAGUGAUGCUCACCAUGUUCUAAAGUCACUGCUGUAACACCAUGAUAUUGAUGAAAAAUGUCUUCCUUUGUAAAUGUUCUGUGCAAAGAGGUCUUUAGGCUACAGCUUUGUACUUGGAUUCAAAACAAAAUUAUAUCUUUGUAAUGGUUGAAAGUCCUCAAAAUGGUGACUCUAAACAGGAAGCUCAGAGUGCAGUCAAACAGAACUGAACCAAGCACAUUUGAACUCGAGAUGGAAGCAGCAGAGCAUCAUAGGAGUUGUAGUCCUGAGUCACAUCUGUUACCUUUUGUACAAUACACUUAUACCACUAUCAUAUUUAGAUGCAAUUUUCUGACAUUUUGGACCCUCAGAGCAGUAAUGUUUCUGUAAUUUGAGAAAGAUUAAAUGUUCACAAACUUGGCAAAUACGAACUUUAAAUCUGUCAACUGGACAAAUCGUUAUAAGAGUUGCUCUGGGUCUGAGGAUGGAGUUAUAGAUGGGAGAUUUUUGUUGGGGGAGAGAUUAUGUCUCAGACCCCCCAUUCCUGUUGAAGGAAGGAUUCUCUUUCCUAACAAAAAUAACUUCUUUAACUCCCCACUCAAACCUUAAAGUGUUGUUGUCUUAAAGUGUUUGUGGGUUUGAAAAAGUCUUUUUCAAACCUACAAACGCUUUAAGAAAUAAACUGGUCCACCCUAAGGACAAAACCCCGAGCCAUAAACAAAGUAAUGUAGUCUACUCUAUUCAGUGUAGUGGAGAGUGCAGUGAGCGUUAUAUUGGAGAAACUAUACAGCUGCUCCAUAAGAGGAUGUACUACACUGGCAUGAGAGUUCCUCUGGACCCCAGUCCGCCGUACAUCUCUGUCUCAACGCCACUAACCACUCCUUUGAAGACAGUGAAGUUCAGAUCUUAGCCAGAGAAAAGAAAUGGUUUGAGAGGGGAGUUAAAUAGGGCAGUUUUUGUUAGGAAAGACAGUCCUUCCUUAAAUAGGAAAGGGGCCUGAGACAUCAUCUCUCCCACAUCUAUAACUCCAUCCUCAGACCCAGAACAACGAGAACAAUAGCAGGAUCGUUAAGGGUUGAAUAGGGUAGUUUCAUCUGAAACUGGAGACAAUAGAUGUUUACAGUUCCACUGUGGUAAGCUCCUCCCUUCAGAUAGAUAUAAGGCAGUUGCCACCAGCAAUCUGACCAAAACUGUUGUAAGAGUGAAGACGUGUUGCUGCUCAUCCAAGCCGCUUCUUCAAUCUGUCCAGUUGACAGAUUUAAACUUAGUCUUUUGCUAUGGAUCAGACCUGGACAAUUGAGGGAUAAAAAAGACAUGUUCACAAACUUGUCAUUUCACUUAAGUGAAGCUUACAUUUUUCAGCUAUCCAUCAAACUAAUAUUUAAAACCAUUAAUUUCUCUUGUAUUUUACAUUGUGCAGCUUUAAGGCAACAGAUUUGAUCUUAAAUGUUACUGCUGUGUGGGUUAUGGUCCAAUCAGAUAACAGCACUGACACUCCCUGGCCUGUGAUUGGCUGCUGCUGCUGUCUGUCACCUCCUCCCACAAACCACAUUGUGUAAAAAGAAGAGGCUUUUGUAUUUAAAUUAUUUAUUUUUGUAGAUUUGAGCACAACUUGGCUCUUUCUGAAGAAUAAAGAUUUAUAAGAGACUAAACCAAAA